AUGGAGGCACACAGCCCGACAUUCCAACGGGCGCUGUUGUCCGGUGCGGCCUCCGGGCUCGCGGUGGACCUCAUGUUCUUCCCGCUCGACACGGUCAAGACACGUAUCCAGAGCGCCAAGGGGUUCUGGGCCUCGGGUGGCUUCCGUGGCGUAUACAGCGGUGUGGGGAGUGUUGGCAUGGGUAGUGCUCCUGGUGCCGCGGCCUUCUUCGUAACCUACGAAGAACUGAAGAAACACGUCCCCCACUAUCUUCCGAACCACACCCCAGGCCUAAACCACAUGAUCUCGGCCUCUGGUGGCGAGUUCGUAUCUUGCCUAAUCCGUGUACCUACCGAAGUCGUCAAGAGCCGAACCCAGACUUCCGCCUACGGCUCUAGCUCUUCCUUGACCACGGCCGUCAAUGUGUUGAGACACGACGGCGUUCGCGGCUUCUACCGCGGUUUCGGAAUCACCAUCGCCCGCGAGAUCCCCUUCACAUCCAUCCAGUUCCCGCUGUACGAGUGGCUCAAGCGGACCCUCUCCGCCACGUAUUUGGAUGGCAAGCGGCCAAACUCGGCCGAAGCUGCCGUUUGUGGAUCUAUUGCUGGCGGCGUCGCGGCCGCCCUCACAACCCCGCUGGAUGUCGUCAAGACGCGGGUCAUGCUGGAAGCGCGCGGGGCCGGGUCGGAACGCAGCCCUAGUGUUCUGAGCUUUCCCUCCCGCCUCAUUGGGAUUGCCAGUGCAGAGGGCGUGGGCGCACUGUUUAGGGGAUGGGUGCCAAGGACGAUUGCGAUUGGGGCGGGAGGCGCAGUGUUUCUGGGUAUUUACGACUUCUGCGCAAACUUUGGACGGGAAAGGGCGCCAGAACACGAUCUCGCAUAG